AUGGCCACCUCCACCUGCUCCAGUGACCUGAGCUAUGACAGCCGGGUCUGCCUGCCCGGUUCCUGUGAUUCUUGUACUGACUCCUCCUGGCAGGUAGAUGACUGCCCAGAGAGCUGCUGUGAGCCCAGCUGCUGUGUCCCCAGCUGCUGUGUCCCCAGCUGCUGCCAGCCCAGCUGCUGUGGCCCAGCCCCCUGCCUAACCCUCAUCUGCACUCCAGUGAGCUGUGUGUCCAGUCCCUGCUGCCAAUCUGUCUGUACCAGCUCCUGCACACCCUCAUGCUGCCAGCAGUCUAGCUGCCAGCCAGCUUGUUGUACCUGCUCCCCCUGCCAACAGUCCUGCUGUGUGACCCUGUGCUGCAAGCCUGUCUGCUGCACACCCAUCUGCUCUGGAUCCUCCCCAUGCUGCCAGCAGUCUAGCUGCCAGCCCUCAUGCUGUCAAUCCUCCUGCUGUGUGCCUGUCUGCUGCAAGCCUGUCUGCUGCACACCCAUCUGCUCUGGAUCCUCCUCAUGCUGCCAGCAGUCUAGCUGCCAGCCCUCAUGCUGUCAGUCCUCCUGCUGUGUGCCUGUCUGCUGCAAGCCUGUGUGCUGCAAGCCCUGCUCCAGCGUGUCCCUGCUCUGCCGCCCUGUGUGCAGACCAGCCUGCUGUGUGCCCACCUCCUCCUGCUGUGCCUCCUCCUGCCAGCCCAGCUGCUGCAAGCCCUGCUCCAGCGUGUCCCUGCUCUGCCGCCCUGCCUGCUCCAGCCAGGCCUGCUGUGGCCUCUCCUUGGGCCAGAAGUCCAGCUGCUGAUAUG